GCCUUCCCGCGGCGGCCAUCUUAGGGCCGGGCAGAGGCGGCUUCCCGGAGCGGUUUGGGGGCGGCCGGCGGUGUAGCCGAUCUCCUGUGAGAUGUUGAAAGGGAAACCUGAAGAAGGAGUCGAGAUGAAAGCUCUCUGCUUCUGCCUAAGCAGAGAAGAAUGGGGAGCAGUAUAUGUGGCACCAUCUCAGUCCAGCCCCGGGGGCUAGAGUUUCAGAAAGACUGGGAUAAUGUUUGAGUGCUGCAACUAUCCAGAGCAUUGUUACACAGAUACGAAGAUCCAGGACGGCUGCUUCAUUUUACUUUCACGUCUUCUGAAGGACAAGCAUCGGGGUCACAGCAGCGAGACGAUGAGAUGCCUGGGGUAGCGGGUGGAAGGAACGCGAGCAGCGGCAGAGGAUGCUGAAGCGUUCCCUGUGCUGCUGCUGGGGAGAAGACGUGCCGGCCCCGGCAGCCCCGCGUGCGGCGCACCUCCUCGCUGGACACCAUCGUGGGCUCCUACCUGCUGGGACAGUGGCCGCGGGAUGCCGAAGGAGCUUCGGCUUCGUGCAUGAAUGACAAAGCUACCCAGACUCCGGUGUCCUGGCAUGACGCGGAAGUGGGGAAAGCCAGCUCCAGUUCUCACAAGCGUUCUGCUUCUUGGGGUAGCACAGAUCACCGCAGAGAGAUUGCCAAACUGAAGCAACAGCUCCAGCGAACAAAGCUAAAUGGCAGAAGUGGCAAAGAAAAGGAGAAGAGCUCCCCGCUCCAGGGGGACCAUGCUGUCCUCGGAUCGCUCAGGGACUCUCCUUCAGGCUUCCUUUCUUCAUCUGCUAUUCUGAGGCUCAGCCCCUGCUUGCAUAGGAGCCUGGAAGGGCUAAACCAGGAACUGGAGGAAGUGUUUGUGAAGGAACAGGGAGAUGAAGAGCUUUUGAGGAUUUUGGAUGUCCCAGACGGCCACAGGGCACCAGCGCCUGCCCGGAGAGGCUCUGGAGAUGCAGCCCUGACUCUGGAGCCCGGCAGCGGCAGCUGCAGCAGCCUCUCGCUUUCUCCUUCCCCUUCCGUGCCUCUCCGCCUUUCUCCACACACCCCAGGGAGGCUGGCGGCGGAAGAGCUCGCUGCUGCGGAUGAGGUGCAGCCAGAUCCAAAGGAGAAAGAGGAGGGCAGCCCGUCUCCAGUCCUGGCCUUUGCUUCUUCUCCUCGGCCCAACCACAGCUACAUGUUUAAACGGGAACCUCCCGAGGGAUGCGAGAAAGUCCGUGCCUUUGAAGAAGCCUCCUCCCCCGGCCCCGAGCAGAGCUUCCAGCCUUCCUGCCCGGAUAAGAACAAAGUGCACUUCAACCCCACCGGCUCUGCCUUCUGCCCCGUCAGCCUGGUGAAGCCUCUCUUCCCCAACGUGGGCUUCCUCUUCAGGGGCUUCCCGGCGUCUUCCAGCCCUGGCGCGGGCCCGUUCGCAUCCUGCCAGCCCACGGCCCCCUCCCCGUUCCUCGGGGUGCGGAAGGACGCUGCGGUCGACGGCUUCAGCGACGUCUCCAAGUCGCCCGCGCUGAAUUACGAACACUGGAAGCGCGGCCAGCCGGAGGAGAGCGUCGUCUUCCACAGCUCCCUGGUGGUGUGAAGCCCAGGGGAAGGUAAGCCAGCGGCAGCAGCUCUGGCUCCUCCGUGCGUCUCGGCCAGCCCGUGGAGACAAAGUGCCUUGAAGGUGGGACUUGAGAGCCACGAGGCAGCCCCGGGAUUGAGACACCACAGCGGGCUUCCUCCGAGGACGGUAGGAACUGCGAAGUACCGCGCGCCACGGGCCUCCUCGCUGCGAGAGGGGCUCGUUUCUCCAAGCCUCCCCCGUUCGAAGCACUUUCCUGCGUUGAAUUGUCGUCGUUUCCUGCGUGAUUGUUCCGCUGGUGAAGAGCAGCGCCCAGCAGAGGCAGAGCCGGGCUCCCCGGGCUCCGAACGCAGCCGAGCCGGGGAAGAUUCAGGUGAAGCCUCCCGGCACUUCUCCCCCCCCUGCGGGUGGCUGCCACCUGCUGAACCCUGCGGAGGGGGAAGGGGGGAGAAGGGGCUCGGAGGGUGGCUGCCCCCGGACGCGGGGAGCAGGAGUCGAGGCUCACCUGCGCGAGUAAAUCGGCUCCUCGCGUGGUGCAGGGAGCGCUGGAGAGCGGCGCGUCCCUGCCCCUGCCUCCCUGGGUACCUUUACCCUGCGAAACAAGCCUGAGGGGGUAAAGGAAAGAAGCUUUAAGGAGCCUCGAGGAGAAACUGUGCCGAAAGGGGAGGGCGCAGGUGCCUGAACGCUGCCUCCCAGCGGGUCUGUGCUGGGGAAAAUGGCCUUAUGGGGGGGAAGGGGACACGCUGCUGCCCUGCGGUUGUGUCCCCCGGCCCUCCUGCGGGGGGGCAGAGGUGGCUGUGGGGUCGUGGUGCUGCGGGAGGAGGGGAUGGAAGCGAGAAGCAGCAGUGUCCGGGGGGGGGGGGCACAAACCCUUGCUGCUCGCCAGCCGCGGGCCCGGAUGGGGUCAGGACCCCCCCACUCCAUGGGGACCCCGCUCCCGGAGCCUCAGCAGCGCGAGGGUGGGGGUGGGGGGGUGCCGGCAGCGAGGCCGCCCCUCCCGUGCCCGUUCCUGGUCCCUCCCGCGGCCGGCGCGGUUCUGCCUCUUCCCGAGCCGUUCCGCAGCCGUUUGGGUUCCGUGCUGGGAGCCCCGAGGAGGAGCCCGGCGGCGUUGGGCGCUGGCUGCAGGUCGGGUUUGCGUUGCGGACGCCGGCGCUGCCGGUUCUAAAAGGAGAAAAAAAUAAAUAAAAAUAAAGGAUUUCGGGC